AUGAUAAAUUCAAAUAGAAAAUGUUAUAUAUACUUCUUUUUUUAUUCCUUGCAAUAUUUUAUAUUAAUUAGUAUUUGUAUUUCACAAGAACUACAAGGAAGGAACCCAGACUUAUCUUUAGAAAAAAUAUCUUCAAAUGUUUAUAUAACAGAAAACUCUCCUAAUACUGGAAAUUUGAUUGAUGCAGUAGAUAUAGAACAAGAUGAAACUCUUAGUUUAGAAAGCAUAUGCAUUCAUUUCCCUGUAGAAGAAAAAAAUUCAGAUUCCGAUAAUAAAAAUGAUUUUUUUAUGAUGAAUUUAGUUGACACAAUAAAUUUAGAGAAAAGUGAGUUAUGCAAUAUAAAUAAUGCUAUAUAUGAAGCACAAAUUGCAUUGUUGGAUCCACUAACGGAACCUCUUUUUUCAUCUUUUGAAAAUGAAAACUCAAUCAUCCAUACUGAAACAAAGUUCUCUAAUGUAAGUUUAAUGUGUGCAGAAAAUGUGGAACAUGAAGAUUCUAUUGAUAUAAAAAAUACUUUAGAUGAAGCUUCAAAUACAUUACCAGAUUCACUAGAAGAAUCCACUUAUUUACCUUCUGAACAUAAAAAUUUAACUAUUUAUACUGAAGAAGAAUCUUCUAGCAUAAGUUUAAUUGGAACAAAAGAUGCAGAUCAUGAAGAAUCUGUUGAAAUACAAAAAAUUUUAAAUGAAUUAUUAAGUACAUUACCAGAUUCACAAGUACAACCUGUUGAUUUACCUCUUAAACCUGAAAAUUCAACUGUUCAUACUGGAACAGAGCCCUCUAACAUAGGUUUAAUUGGAACAAAGAUUAUAGAACAUGAAAAUUCUUGCAAUAUAUCAAGUAUUUUCAGUGAUCCACAUGUUACUUCCAAUUACUCGGAAAGGGGAUCCCUUGAUUUACCCUUAGGAGAACAUAAUUUAUCAUUUUAUAUUGGGGAAGGAUCCUCUAACGUAGGCAAGUUAAUGCACGUAGCAUACGAAAAACCUAUUGAACUAGAAAAUACUCUUCCGAGCUUUUCUAUAAAUCACGAUGAUCAAGAAGAUACGAGAUUGGUAGAUAUAAUUGAACAAACAUUAGAAAAAUGUAUGGGAAAUGAAAAAAAUGAAGAAAAAAUUGAUGAGCAAAUUCGUGGAGAAAAUAUAGUUAGCGAACAAAAUUUCGAUGAUUCAUUUGUUAUCAAUUAUAGUAUGGAAAUUAGUAUUGGUAACACACGGUCACGAAAAAAAAGAGGAAAGAAGAGAAAUUACGAAGAUAUUGAUAAUUUAGAUAACCAAGAUACUGGAAAUUAUGUAUGUAUUAAUCCGAAAAAAAAAAAAAUUAAAAAUGGUGAAAAUCUUUUUUAUUCUCUUUUAAAUAUCUUAGAUAUUGAAAUUAAGCUCAUAUCACGUCAUGUAGUUCCAAAUUUACAAAAAUUAAGAGAUAUAUUAAACGAUGACAACAAAAAUACACAUAGUGAAUUAGAAGAAAAAUUGAAGAUAAACAUUUUGUCAUUAAGACAUAUUAUAAGUAAGGAACUACAAAAAAUUAAUCAUUCUGAUUUAAGAGUAAUAAAAAGUUAUUAUGAUAAAAAUAUAGAAAAAAACACAUUAUUAAAAAGCAUUAAUAAAUAUAUUUUAUCAUUUAGAUCUACAAUAAAUCAUAGAUUUGAUAAAAAAAAGGAAAUACAUGAAAGAGUAGAGCUCUUUUUAAAAAUUCUUCAUGAUUUAAUCUCUGAACAUAAAUUUAUGCACGACUUAUAUUAUACUAAAUCAAUUAUUAUAAAUAAUUCCAUGCAUAGUAAAUUACUUUCUUCUUCAUCUAUUGAUUCACUUGAAACCCUUAGACAUAUUUUUAAAUUAUUUGAAUUCAUGGAUAAAUUAAUAAAAAUUGUAGAAAAAUCAAUUAAAAAUGGAUUAUUAUUUAGAGAUCAUAAUUAUUUUUGUUAUGUUCAAAAGAUUAUAUAUAAUCUUUAUACACCGAUAAAUGCAAAUAUUAGAAGACAUUUGGUUAAACUUGGAGAGAUUUUGAAUGCAUUGAAUUUGUCAUUUGAAAACUACAGUAUAAUAAUGCAAGCUAUUUUUUUUUUUCUUAGAGAAGAAAACGUAAAAAAUAAGGAAAAAUUAAGAUAUGACAUAAAUGAACUUUAUGGAAAAAAUUCUUUUAGAGCUAUUUAUGAUUUUUUAUUAGAGGAAGAAAGUUGUAUUUCAUGGUUCCAUAGUGAAGUAUUUGAAAUUUUUAAUGUAAAUUUAAAUGAAAAAAAUAAGGAAGGAAUGUCCUUUGAUGAUUUAAUAAGUAACGAAAAUUCUGCAAAUCAUUUAUCUUCUCUUUAUGAGGUCCUUAUGAAAUUAAUUGGAGCUUUGUUUAUUAAGAAACAGUUAACUAUUAUUUCGAAAAUACGCAUAUCAUUAUUAAAUAUGAAUUCAUUGAAAAAAGGGGAAUACAUUUUACAUAAAAAAAAAAAAAUUAUAAAAAAGGAACACAAAUCAAAUUUACUUUCUCAAAUAGAAGUUGAAAAAUGUAAAAUGGAAAUAGUUAAGUUCAAAAUAAAAAAUUUAUAUUUAUUUGUUAGUAUAAAAAAAAAUAUAGGAGAUAUUCAAGUAUCAAAUGAUUUAAAAAAUAAAAUGAAAGAAAUUGGAUCAAUUUUACGUUUCCUUAGUGUUGUAACAUAUGAAAAUGAAGAUAAAACUAAAUUUAAUCAAAAAAAAAAGGAUAAUAUGGGAAGUAUUUUGCUUUCACUAUAUUAUGCCUACCAAAUUCUUAUAACGUUUACUGAAAAUGAAAUACAAUAA